AUGAAUGAGGCAUCCUCCUCUGCCUCUUCAUCUGGAACUUCUAAUUUUGAUGUGUUUCUCAGUUUUACGGGUGCAGACACUCGUAAAAACUUCACCGGUUUCCUUCACAAAGCUUUGAAAAACAAUGGAAUCAAUAGUUUUAUUGAUAGUGAAAAUUUGUGGAUUGGAGAAGCCAUUGGCCCAACCCUCCUUAGAGCGAUCGAGGGGUCCAAAAUCUUGAUCCCUAUCUUCUCCAAAGGCUAUGCUUCUAGCAAAUGGUGCCUACAAGAACGUUCUCAUAUAUUUGAUUGCCACAAAUCCAAAGGUCAAAUGGUCCUUCCCAUAUUCUUCGUCGUCGAGCCAUCUCAUAUUCGGAAUCAGACUGGAAGUUUUGAGGAUCCGUUUUGUGAACAUGAGAAGAAUUUUGAACCCCAUAUCGUAAAGAGUUGGAGGGAAGCUUUGAGAAUAAUAGGGAAUCUAAAAGGAUGGGUUCUCAAGGACGACACAAAUGGGGAUCAAGCAGAGCUAGUUGAAUUAGUUGUCAAAAGGGUUUCGCGUGAAUUGGUUAGUAGCACCAAAUUAGCUGAAUGUAAAUACCCUAUUGGAAUAGAUUCCCAAGUAAAUCAUCUGUUAUCUUUAUUAAAUAUUGGUUCCAAUGAAGUUCAAUUUGUGGGAAUCUGUGGUUUCGGUGGCAUUGGGAAGACAACUAUUGCAAAAGCAGUCUACAAUCGCAUCCUUUUAAAAUUCAAUAGGCAUAGUUUCCUUUCAGAUGUUAGAGAACAUGCACUGCAAUGGAUGGGUCUUGCGUCUUUACAAAAGCAACUUCUUAAAGAUAUCUUUAAAACAGACAUUGAUGUAAGUGAUAUUCAUAAAGGGAAAAAAUUGAUAGAACAACGUCUUUGUAGAGAAAAGGUUUUUGUUGUUCUUGAUGAUGUGGACGGUCCAGAACAGGUAGAUGCUUUGGCUGGUGCAAUCGGUUGGUUUGGACAAGGAAGUAGGAUCAUAAUAACAACCAGAGACGAACAUAUUUUGAAUGUGUCUAAAGUGGAUAAAGGUAAAAUAUAUUGGCCUCAAGAACUAAAUCAUAGACAAUCUCUUCAACUAUUUUGUUUGCAUGCCUUUUCAACGGACCAACCUCAUGAAGAUUAUGCACAACUUUCACAUGAUGUGGUAUACUAUUCAGGAGGUUUGCCUUUAACUCUAGAGGUGUUGGGGUCUUACCUAUCAGACAUAAGCAGCAAAGAAGAGUGGGAAAGUGCAUUGCAAAAAUUGAAAGAAAUUCCUCCUGCAAAAGUCCAAAGAAGGUUGAAGAUAAGCUACGAUAAUCUAGAAGAUGAUUAUCAAAAAGGCUAUAUUUCUAGAUGCUGCAUGCUUUUUCAUUGGAUGGCUGAAAGAAACUGUAAUUUACAUAUGGGAAGUUUGUGGUUAUUAUCCGAAAUCAGCAAUAAAUAGAUUAAUCAAAAGAUCCCUUCUGAAAUUUGAGGGUUAUGGUGAAUACGUCUUGAAGAUGCAUGAUCAAAUUCGAGACAUGGGAAGAAGUAUUGUCAAAGAAGAAAGCCCUAUGGAGCCAGGUAAGCGUAGUAGAUUAUGGUCUUAUGACGAUAUCUUGGAUGUGCUUGAAGAACACAAGGUAAGACCUCAGGUCACCUCUCUCUUUCUCUCUCUCUCUCUCUCUCUCUCUCUCUCUCUCUCUAUUUGUGUGUGUGUGUUCAUCAAUUUCCUUUACUUUCUUUUGUAGGGAACUGACAAGAUACAAGGCAUGAUCCUUCCCUAUGACUCACAGAGUUUUUAUUUAACUAAUGAACACCUUAAGAUGAUGCC